UAUGUCACAUAUUUCUCUUCUUUUACUCGGUCGGAAAGUGUUUGUUCGUCUUUCUGAGUGUUAAUAAAAUUUUUAUAAACUAUUCACAAUGCCAUUAGAAAAUUUUGAAGAUGAUGGUUUGGAAAAAAAUCCAAAUUUGGAGUUGGCCCAGACAAAAUUUCUGUUAAGUUUACCUGAACACAAGAAUGAUGAAACUUUAAAGGCUAAGUUGAUGGAUGCCAUAAAAGCCGACAAUAUGGCUCCGUUUUACGAAGAAGUUUGUCGUGAUCUUGAUUGGCCAGUAGAUGAAGCUCUUUUAGAAAAAAUGAAGACGUGUAAUCGUGAACAAUUAAAGGCAUUAGAUGAUGCGAUUGAAGAUGCUGAAAAAAAUCUAGGUGAAAUGGAAGUUAGAGAAGCAAAUCUUAAAAAAUCAGAGCAUUUAUGUCGUAUUGGAGACAAAGACGGAGCCAUCUCAGCAUUCAGAAAGACUUAUGAAAAAACUGUCUCAUUAGGUCAUAGACUAGACAUUGUUUUCCAUAACAUUAGAAUUGGUUUAUUUUAUUUAGACCAUGAUCACAUUACCAGAAAUAUUGAUAAAGCAAAAAGUUUAAUUGAAGAAGGAGGUGAUUGGGAUAGAAGAAACCGUCUAAAAGUUUAUCAAGGAACUUAUUGUAUAGCAGUUCGAGAUUUUAAAGAAGCUGCCAAUUUUUUCCUUGAUACCAUAAGCACGUUUACGAGCUAUGAGCUGAUGGAUUACAAUACUUUUGUUAGAUAUACUGUAUAUUUAAGCAUGAUCAGUUUACCAAGGAAUGAAUUACGAGACAAGAUCAUAAAAGGUUCUGAAAUUUUAGAAGUUUUGCACAAUAAUCCUGACUGUAAAGAAUACUUGUUCUCCUUAUACAAUUGUCAUUACGCUGAUUUCUUCAAAAAUCUUGCUCAUGUCGAAGGUUUAUUGAAAAGUGAUUACUUAAUUAAUCCACAUUAUCGUUAUUAUGUCAGGGAGAUGCGUAUUUCAGCUUAUACUCAACUAUUGGAGUCUUACCGAUCUCUUACCUUACAAUACAUGGCUGAAGCUUUUGGUGUUACUGUGGAUUAUGUUGAUCAGGAAUUAUCACGUUAUAUUGCAGCUGGACGAUUACAUUGUAAAGUAGAUCGUGUUGGUGGAGUCGUUGAAACAAACAGACCAGACAGUAAGAAUUGGCAAUACCAAGCAAUGGUUAAGCAAGGAGACCUUCUUCUCAACAGGGUCCAAAAGCUGUCGCGUGUUAUAAAUAUUUAAGUUGAGUUCAAAUGCACUUAUGAAAGUAAUAUUAUUUGUAUCAAUAAAUUAAGCAACAUUUUUGGUUACUUUGUCCGUUAA